AUAGUGAAGAAACAUCUUCGAGAGGCUUGCUGUGAAUAUUUGAACUCCAAACACAUAGGCUUUAGUUUCCGGCUGCGUUUGGAAUAAAUGAGAUAACUAAAGCAUUUAUGGCGGCAAAUUGCAUGGGAAGGGCAACGGAUGGACGUUGAGCGAGGAAUGAGAUAAGCAUCUUUUCACUCGUCGAGUUGUACCCGCGCAGCUGCUGCUCACUCCCCUGCAGCAGCAAAGGCUUCGCAGGACAUCAUUCGGCGGCUGAAACGAAGACAUUGCCUUGUGCUAUCUAGAUUAACUUCAAUUGUAUGUCGGCACCUCGACGAUGGUAUCAAUGUUGGUUUUAAGGGGUGAUGUAAGCUGAAUUGUUGGAUGCGGUUGCACGCAGAGGACCUGUCCAUAUGCUGAGGUGCUGAUGCGGCUUUGAGAGAAGCGAGCAUGGCUGCCGGGAAGUUGCUGCUCUACGCCGGGCUCUCCCUCUCUCUCUGCGCUCUGGGUAUGCUAGCGGUGGCUAUCUGUUCCGACCACUGGUACGAAACGGACGCCAGGAGGUAUAGGGAACGGUGCCGAAGUUUCUCCAGCCGCCGGAAGGUCCCGGGCUUUAUUUACAUCCCAAACAACAGUCUCCCGUUGCGCGCUAGCCGAUCCAGGCUGGACCACUGGGAGGAGAAGCUGCUGUUGGCUCGCAAUCGCCGGCAGCUGUUCGCCAUGAGCGCCGCGGACGAGUGCAGCAGGCAGUACAAUUCUACCAACAUGGGACUGUGGAGCAAAUGUCAUCGACUGGGCUUCGACCAAGAUAUCGAAGACCUCAUUCGGAAAGGUUCACUUGUGCGGUGCUCCUACAUCAAGUACCAUUACUCCUCGGCGACAAUACCCAAGAAUUUGUCCUACAACAUCACCAAAACCAUCCGGCAAGACGAGUGGCACUCCUUACACUUGCGGCGGAUGACGGCAGGCUUCAUGGGCAUGGCGGUGGCCAUCAUCCUGUUCGGCUGGAUUGUCGGCGUGCUGGGCUGCUGCUGGGACCGCGGCCUCAUGCAGUACGUAGCUGGGCUGCUCUUCCUCAUGGGAGGCACCUUCUGCAUCAUCUCCCUCUGCACAUGCGUGGCCGGCAUCAACUUUGAGCUCUCCCGCUACCCGCGCUACCUGUACGGCCUCCCCGACGACAUCGGCCACGGCUACGGCUGGUCCAUGUUCUGCGCCUGGGGCGGCCUGGGCCUCACGCUCAUCGCCGGCUUCUUCUGCACGCUGGCACCCUCCGUGCAGCCCAUCCCCCGCUCCACCUGCCCCAAGACUCGCCAGGAGAAUGGCACGGUGUGCUAGAGGACCGGGGCCCGCCCACCGCGGGCGCCUGACGGGACAGCCGAGAAGAGGCGACAAAGAAAAACGUCCAAAAACGUGCAAACUAAUCCCACGCGUUCAUUUCGAAAUCAUCUCCGUGCUUUCCCGGUUGCGGACGUGUUUUUGGUUUCUUUUUCCUUUUUUUAUCGUGUGUGCGUGUGUGUAAUAUAAUGGGUGUCUUGAAUCUGGUAUCUUGAAAAAUUACAGUAAAAAAAUAAUAAGACAGAGAAAUAUAAUCAACAAUCUGAAGUUGUGUUAGUCUGUUGUGGUGGAGCAGGGAUGCCCAGAUGGAUGUUCCACGACGAUGCCUUCUUUCAAGGAACGUUAGGGAAACAUUGUGGGAGAAUGUCCCGGAAAAUGGGAGGGGGUGGAGGGAGCAACGCAUGACUACAUCUCGGACUGUGGCACAGCUGUGAUGCUCAGUAAUCGAAACGAUGGGCCAUCUGAACUUCACAAGCCUGUCCUUAGUGUUUGGACACAUAGCAGCGGGUAGCUGAUGUCAGACAAGGAAGUAUUAUGCCUGACACCAAUGAAAACUGAUGCUAAACGAGCUCGCUGAAACUAGACAUGCAAGACUAGCCUAGUCUGACUGUGGUGGAACUGUUACGAAUGGCACAUUUAUUUCUCCAAAGGAGGGGGAAUCUCUCCUGGACAACAUGACUUCUGGUGGAGCCUCCUGUGGGAUUUUCGGGAACUCGGAAAAACGAAGAGGGAGAAAGCGAACGAGGGCUUAAUCACAUUGACUUGCCUAAUGAACAAAAUGCAGCAGUUAUGGCUUGGUUGACUAAUCGUGUAUGCUUGAGUGGUUUCACCUGAUUGGUAGGCGACUGCUGAGCACAUCCCAGGAUAACUCCACUCUUGUACAUUAUUGUACAGAAUAUUCCAGAUAAACUACAGCCGGGACAAAUUCCAAUGUCGGAGCAUUUUCAUUCUCGUUAUAUAGGGCAUCCUCUAAAAUCCUUUCAAACGUUCCAGUAUCAUUUAACAUUUUAUACAUGCAUUCCACUUUCUCCCAUUUGUGUCUAUUCCUUUUUACUGGAUUGAAACCCCUUCCAUCCUUAGUGAGUGAGCUGUUGUUUGAUCGUGUAUGGAGCGAGUGGAACGUUUGUUUUUAUUACAUCGUAGUCAUAGAAGUGUGUGUGGGUGUUUUGCGGUCUCUGUAGAAAAAAAAAAAAACUGUUGUAGAAAUUAUUAUAUUAUGACAAUAAAGUCAAGCUCUGCCUUUAGGUGACAUAUGAAGGUGGAGUCUUUGAUCUGAAAAGAAAAAACAAAACAAUGAAAAUAGAAAGAUGCAGUAUCCUGUUUAAACGGCACACCCUACUUUGGUCUUGACAUCUUUGUGGGGGGAGGGAGUGGUUUUCCCCGUGGACGGGGCUCAAAAAGACAGGCUUGCUAGCGAGUUGUGCCGACGCCAUGCUGCGCCUGCCUUAAGCGCGUCUGUAAGUGAUUUAUUACAUCUGAUGGGAACACGCCGACUAUCUUCCUGGGGAAAUCUGUGUGCGUCUAAAGAGAGGCCCCGACUGCUCCUCCAAACACCCGGCUCUUGCUCCGUGUGUUUCCGGGAGACGGCAGGUUUCCUGCGGGGCCCUCCGAGUGAAUCGAGGACAAGUGUGGAAGCUCGUGGUUUAAGGGGAGCGUCCUGCUCCCGUUUCAUCAUGUCCCUCAAAUGGAGUGGGUUGAAACAUGUUUGUUUUUUUUCUUCAUAAGGCAAGCACAAGUCAUUCCGUAGUAGCGUAAAACUGCAAGCACCAUUUUGCUAGGAUUGGGGAGAAAGCCCUGCUGUGCUUUCCAGGUCAUGUUGAAACGAUGUCGCCUUGUUUGUAUUUCAGCCACCAUCUUCUUUACCUGCUCAUAUUUCAUACACAUACCUCUGCUUCUCAGCCAGCUCCAUAUUUAGGUAUUUUAUUUAUUUUUGGCCUUGGCAGGACACAGAGAACCCCGGCCAAACAGACGGUGAUGUAUGUUGUCAUUUGUCAUACUCUCCUUUCCUUCCCUUUAUGAUGCUACACAGGACCCUGACCUCUACAAAAGGUCAUGUGACCUUGCUUAUGGUGAUGCGUUUGACAGAGAAAACAUGAAAAAGACAUUGGCAUUAAAACUUGAACCUUCACCUUAACAGAAACAGUAAAUCCUAAUUUCGAGUGUAAUUUAAACAUGACCACAAACAUCACGGGCGUCUUUCAAAAGACCAAACAUUUCUCGUGCACCAUGAACAGGGGCGUUUCUACACGGGGGUCUACAGGGGCCGGUGCCCCUGUAAAAAUGUCCUUGGCCCCCCCUGUGCUGACUAAAUAACUGACUUUUUUACACACGUUUUUCUUCUUCUAGUAGUCAUCAUAAACCGAGGAGGGACAUUGCAGCCUUUUUUGCCCCCAAUA